AUGCCUCAACGAUAUUCCACUACAUGCCGCCAACAAAGAAGUGGCCAAAAUGCCUUCUUUGAAGCAAUCGAAAUACUUCAAGAAGAAAAUGCGAGGUUGUUGCGGGAAGUUAGAAUGUUGAGACGGCAAGUAGGAUCGUUAGGAGGAGAAGUUACUCGAUUAGAAGGGGAGGUAGCAAAUUUGCAGUUUCAUAUGGCGGAAAAUCUUAGAGAAAAUCAGCAAAGAAACAGAAUAUAUGCUUGUUUGGUGUAUAAGAGAAAUUUGUUGAGAGCCAAAGUGGAGAAUUUGUAG